GGAUACUAGAGAGCAGCGACCGGCCGCCUUUAACCCUAAACAUUCACAGCUUUUCCUUCCAGAGAGACUCCGGGAGAAACAUGGAGAGGAAAAGGUGGGAGUGCUCGGCUCUCCCAAAUGGUUGGAAAAGGGAAGAAGUGACCAGAAAGUCGGGCUUGUCCGCGGGGAAAAGUGAUGUCUAUUAUUUUAGUCCAACAGGGAAGAAGUUUCGGAGUAAGCCACAGCUGGCGCGUUAUCUGGGAAACUCCAUGGAUCUCAGUUCCUUCGAUUUCCGCACGGGGAAAAUGCUUAUGAGCAAACUGAAUAAGAACAGGCAGCGGAUACGCUACGAUAACAGUCAGAGCAAGGGUAAACCCGAUCUGAACACGUCACUGCCGGUCCGACAGACAGCGUCCAUCUUCAAACAGCCCGUCACCAAGGUUACAAAUCACCCCAGCAACAAGGUCAAGACAGACCCUCAGAAAGCUGUUGACCAGCCCAGACAGCUGUUCUGGGAGAAGAAGCUGAGUGGACUCAAUGCUUAUGAUAUAGCAGAGGAGCUGGUGAAGACCAUGGAUCUUCCUAAAGGAUUGCAAGGUGUUGGUCCAGGUUACUCCGAUAAGACGCUUCUUUCGGCUCUAGCGAGCGCUCUGCACACCAGCUCGGCUCCCAUCACGGGUCAGCUGUCCGCCGCUGUGGAGAAGAACCCUGGCGUCUGGCUCAACACCACACAGCCUCUCUGCAAGGCCUUCAUGGUGACCGAUGAAGACAUCAGGAAGCAGGAAGAUCUGGUGUAUAACGUGAGGAAGAGGCUGGAGGAAGCACUCAUGGCGGACAUGCUCGCGCACAUAGAGGAAGCCGCCAUUGAUGCGAAAUCUCUGAAGGAAGAAUCCAACGACGAGGAAAUGGAGACUGUAUAGCUGUAAUCAGGAACAACCUGGAUGACAGUAUUUUUCCUCCCCACAAACCCAAAGACUCAGAGCUGAUCCCUAUGCAGAAAACAAACCCUCUUCCUGCCUUCCUUCUCUAACUCGACUGUGAAACCAUGUUUUACCCGUAACAUUUCAAGCAGUUUUUAUAAAACUAAAUUUGCUUUUUCUCUUAACUUUAACUGCUCUAUUUUUGUAUCAGUGUGGGGUUUGGAUUGAGAAGAUUUCUGACGUCCUCCAUCAUGUGACCGUUGGGUUUGAGUGAGGUUUCAGUGCUGUCAGUGUGACGGACGCCCGGGUUUGUUUUAUUAUUCAGACAUCGUAAGCUAAUUUCUUUGUCAAGUCUAGAACAUCCGUUUUACAACACAAGUUAGUUUUUUUACACAAGCAAAAUGCCAUGUUUUUAUGACUAAGAACUUGGAGAUGAUGUACUAGUAGUACAGAUUGUUUUGUGAUAGCUGGUACAAUUAUGGUGCUCAAUUUCUUUUCUGGUUUAUUUACAUUUUAGCUUUUGUUACAAUGCUAUUUGAGCGUAGACAUAAGCUUUUACAUUGGUGCUUUUACGGUUUUCCCUCCCAAGCCUUGUAUCCGUUGUAUAGAUGACAUCAUUAAAAUGAAAUGAAAAGUUUUAAUGUAUUUCUAGAGUCGUCUUUCAGUUGCUUCUGUGACGACUUCAGAUUUAAUCGAGCUGUUUCUGUUGCUGAUGCGUUCGACAUUAUGCACUGAUGCAGUAUGAUUUAUGAUUGUGGACUGAAAAUCUGAUGGUUACAGUACAGAAAUCUGCAUGAUGCAUCUGUUUAUUUCCGUUUUGAAUUCAUGAUCUUACACUUCUUCUUCACACAACCAUGGUUGAAUUUAAUAGAUGAUUUGCUCAUACCCUGAUAUUUUUUCUGAAAAACUUAUUACAUUAUAGUGUCAUAUUUGAAAUAUGGAGGGGAGGUGGUUUUGUAUGUUGGUUGUCCUUUAUUUGCAAGAAAACUUGGAUCACAUUUUUGAGGAUAUAAUCCUUGUAGCUGAAGGAGAAAUAAUUUUGUAUACUUGGAAAAUAAAGUCUUUCCACACGUCGA